AUGGCCCUGUCUCUACAGAGCUUGGGUUUCUCCCUCCUGAUCAUCCUUGCCAUUUCGGGCCAGGCUUAUGCUUUCGGUGCCGGAAAUAUCGCCUCUCUCUCCAAGAUUGAGGGGCAAAACUGGCGUCACGGUGAUAUUGAAGAUGCCCUCUUGACUCUCUUCCUGGCUCGUGUCGCUGGUGGACGCAAGUUCAGUAAGCUGGAUGUCAAGCGCGUCUAUUUCGGUAACUGGCUGCGCGAUUACAGCCAGGCGGUCGAUGUGGGCACCGUCAAGCACGUCAGUGCCGAGGCUAUUCGCAUUCUCAUUUGGGUCCUGGGCUUCAUGAGCUUUGGCUAUGGCACUCGCGAGUUCGAAGUCACCACCGAACGUUUGGGGUGCUACCAACCCACCGAGCAUAUCGAUAACCCAUUAGGCUAUGCUGAGGGUGAUGAUGCCCGACGCUACGACCGUCGUCUUCGUGGACCCAUCGACGAGGAGCGUGAGCUGUCCAUUGACAACCGGACUGGCCUCAAAAACUACAUCGCAUCCGAAGACCUCGGUAUUGAUACCUCGGCUGCCCUGAUCCGCCGUGUUUUGGGUCAAUCAAUUCAACUCGGCCGUCGCUAUGCCCGUUCUCGCAACGAUGAUGACCUGCACGAGGCUCUGCGUCUUCUCGGAACCGGUCUGCACUGUCUGGAAGACUACGCUGCCCACUCCAAUUACACGGAACUCAGUCUGAUCGAGCUUGGUGAGAGGGGCGUCUUCCCUCACGUUGGCCGCAACACCAAGGUUCAGAUUCGGGGAGUCCGUAACGAGGUCUAUCCUAUCGUGACGGGCACUUUUGGUGGAGUUGACUUCUUCCACUCGGUCCUGGGAGAAUUCUCGGACAAGACCAAGCAGUCCGAACUCCAGUCUCUGGAAGGUGUCAUCUCCGAAUCCGAGAACGAGGGCCCCUCCAAGAGCAUGCUGCAGGAUCUGCUCAGCAAGAUCCCCAGUGGUCUCAUUGGGAGCAGCGGCGACCAGGCUGGUAAGAUGGAUGACUUCAAGGCCAAGGCAGACAAUGCCCGCCACGAUACCCAGAACGUCAGCCCCCGCCAGCCGGAGGAGUGGGCUCAAUACCUGAGCAAUGUCCAGAAGCAGAUCUACCCCGUCCUUGAAUGGCACGAUGAGCUGCUCAAGAGCAUCAACGAGGCCAUUGAGAAGAUUCCCGUUCUCCCAGAUCUGAUUGAGCAGGUUCAAGACGAGAUCACCGUCUUUGUCUUCUCCGUGAUCGCGCCUUACAUCCUGCCUCUUAUCAAGCAAGCCAAGUCGGAGCUGGAGACGGGUUCUUCGGAAGUCAUCCAGUCUAGCCGGGAUCAGCAGCACGUUGUGUUCAAUGAUGACAACUUCUCGAACCCCACCCACUCGAUGCUUUCCAAGGACCACUUCUCCAACAUCCUCAACGAGCCCGCUGGACGAAUUGCCUCGGAGGUGGUCAAGUGGACCGUUCCUCAGCUGAUGCAAUGCUGGGAUGAUGAGAGCAUCGACAUUGACCGCACGCUGAACCGAAUCAUUACCGGUGUGUUCCACCAUCCCGCGCUACACAGAUCCGGCGAUGACGGCGCAGCCGACAUUCGCGGAACCAUGUUCUCCACCGUGGAGCAGUGGUGGAGCAGCAAGAGCGAACGCGAGCGCGAGGAACUUCGCGACCAACUCAGCCGCGAGGGAGUCCGCCAAGGCCGAAACCACAAGGAGGGUGUCCAGGACUGCGGCCACGGAUGCGGCAAGCCCCUUGCCCUGCCGAAGAAACACGGCAAGACUGGUGGUGGUGGUGGCGGCGGAAGCUACCAGCAAUCUUCUGACAACGGACUGGGCAAGAUCGCUGCUCAGGCCGUGGGAGGAGGAGCCCUUGGCGGUCUUGUCGGUGGUCUCGUAGGCAGUGUGGGCUCCAUGGCCCUGGAAGAUGGCGGCUUUGAAGGCCGAAGCAGCCCGAAGAGACAAAAGAGCCCCAAGAGGCAGAAGAGUCCUAAGAGACAGAAGAGCCCCAAGAGAGAAAAGAGCCCUAAGCCGCACAGAUACGGUGGUCGCGAUGAUGAUGAUGAUGACGAUGACGAGGACAAGCACGAGAAUCGUCGACGCCACCAUGAGCGUCGCGAAGAGCCCGAGACCCAGUCAUUCGGCUAUGCGCCGCCACCUCGCCAGGGGGCACCUCGCAACGACUAUGGCCGGGAUGAAUUCCGCAAUGACUUUGCUCGCAACGACUAUCCCCAGCAGAACACCUACGGCGAGCGUCCUCCUCCUCCCCGCCCCGACUUUGGUCGUGACGACUAUCGUAGCGAUUUCCCUCGCAACGACUUCCCGCCUAACCCAGGUUUCCCGCCUAACCCAGGUUUCCCGCCGAACCCACCCCCGGUGCAGAGCUACCGGCGCGAGGAGUAUCGGGAAACUCGACAGGACGAGGGAGGCUACUACCAGCAGGAGAGCCGCCAGACCUACGAGUCCGGUCGAACCGAGUACCAACGUACUGAGACGCGCUACGACUACGGCGCGCCCCAGUCUACCUACGAGACUGUGCAGGAGAGCAGCUUCGGCGAUGGACGCGUUGAACGGGAGUACUCAUCCGGAUACGGUGCACCACCGCCACCGCGCGGAGGGUACGAACAGGAGUUUGGGCGGCCAAGCUUCCAGCCGCGGGAGGAGAGCUAUGGCCAGGGCUUCGGCGGUGGUAAUGUGGACGUUAUCGAGCGCCGGCCUCAGCAUGAGCGUCGUUCCAGCAGAGACUCUGGCGAUGGUAGCGAGGACGAACGACGUCGUCGCCGACACCAUCACCACCGGCGCCGCUCGGGAUCGGAAUCGGAUUAA